AUGAACCAGAGGACUCUUGAUCGAACAGAAGAGUGGCUUUUCAACUGUAAGGAUCCGGGAUCUAGACUAAUCCGUUGGAGACUCAAACUGGAAGAGUUUGAGUAUGACAUAAAAUACAAAAAAGGCAAAAUUAAUUCCAAUGCCGAUGCCCUUUCUCGAUACCCGGUCAAUCCAGUUCAACCGGAACCUAAUCCUGAAGGAGGAGGAGAACCAGUAGAUAAAGACCUUAUGGAUCUUUUAAUAUCUCCGCCCUCAUUCCAUCCGGAAGAGUUACUUUCACCUAACUUUAAUCCAACCACCCUAGAUGUUGAUGAUUUACUCCCAUUACCUGAAUUAGAACCUAAUUCUACAUCCUCGGCACUACCCAAUCAAAUGACCGGUUCACCCGUUCAAAUCCCUGAGGUUACACCCCAGUUGCCUCAAGAACAACCAACUGGUCAAAAUAUCUAUGAUGAUCCGAUGCCUUCUACAAGUGCAAACCCAGAUUUACCCGUCGAUGACUAUCCUACGUUCCUGAAAUCUAUAGCUAAUAAAAGAUAA